UUUUAAAGCACUAGGUACUUGCUGUGUUACCUGUGUAAUGAUAACCGGUCUAUGGGUCUUGCACAUUAGUUGAAACAUCCGCGCCGGCUGCACCUAACGCACCGCCUCACCGCGCUCCGCUAUUUCCGAAGUUUGCCGUGGACAUACAUAAGACAAAAGCAGUAUUUAUGGUUAUGGAAAUAUGGACCACCAGCGAAAUUAAUUAAUAUUGAUAGCCAGUUUUACAUCGUCUGAACCGGAGCAAAGUGAUACUAAAACAAAAUGUUUCGGAACGAACCUGAAGUACAAAUGAUUGAUAUAGAGGAAUGUUUAAAGGAUGUUAUUGCGGAUGAGGACACAAACGUAGUGUUUGAAUGUAAGAUCGCUGGAGAAUGUCAGAUACCAGAGGACGAAAUUAGUGCGACUUGGAUUAAAGAUGGUGAAAUUUUGCACUCAUCCCGUCGGAUGAGAAUAAGCAUAGGAGGAAAAUGGCACCGUCUCGAAAUAAGGGGUAUCACUGCGAACGACCAGGGCGUCUACAUAAUAUUAUUGCAACAUUUUGGUGUCCAAUCUCUAUCAAAGGGCUACCUUUACGUAAAGCUCACAAAAUCUCUGGCGAAUGUUCCGCUGUACUUAACAGCGGCCCCUCGACACAACUUUGGUGCCGUUAGACAUCUAGUACACACAAAAGUUCCAGUGGGUGGGAUUAUAGAAUUGGAAGCCAGGUUUAAACAUCAAAAGACAGAAGAUUUCUUAUGGUUCAAGAGUAACCGUCCUAUCGUAGAAGAUGAACGCACGAUCAUUUUAAGUGAUGACAGAACGACCACUCUCUCUAUUCUUAACGCACAAGUAACAGAUUCAGGAAUAUAUCUGGUGAUGUAUAGAACUCGGUUCGGUUACGAGUCCUCUUUUACAGACGUGAUAGUUCUCGAUUUAGAACCAGCUAUAAUACAAAGGAGUGAACUAAUCCCCAGCAUUGAUGAACCGUUUCCACGCAUAAUGGAGGCUUAUUGCGGCGCAGAAGUGCGAAUGGUCGCAAAAGUCCAUUAUGACUCUAACACAGAAUUCUCGUGGGGCCGCGGCCCAGAACCCCUUCUAAUAAGAGCAAACAUGGAGGUCCAAUAUUUUAAUAAUAGAUAUGUUGCAUUGAAAAUGUUUUGCGUUGCUAUGGCUGAUGGCGGUGAAUACACGCUGUAUGCGCGCAACAGAAUCACUGGGUACACAGAAUCCACUACUUGCACAUUGCUCAUAAAUAAGCUACCCACCAAGAAGCUAACACCAACGAAGAUACUCAAACCUUUGGAUGCAGCCGUAGCUUGCGUCGGAUCGUCUUUGACGUUCAAGGUUGUGUUUGAGGCAGAGGACGCUUGCUUCUGUAGUGCCGUCUGGGAAGUUGGUAAAUUCAGAGUGGAGCGCACCAAUCAACACUUUGACGUAUACUGUAACGGCACGGAAUUUUAUUUAUUCAUCAAGAAGUUGGACCCAGACAUGGCUGGUCCCAUUGUGUGCGAGAUCCGCAAAUCGAUUCCUGGCAGGAAGCCGGUCACGCUGUGCGUUUCAGCUGCAAAUCUGACAAUUGUACCACCCUCGGUAUUGGAGGGGCUACAGAGGGACGGGUCCGAUGUCGAGCCAGCUACAAACGGAUUCUAUAACGUUUCCAAGAAGGUUUCUAUACCAAUUAAUGGGAUGGCUAUUGCGGGCGUACCUCCUGGAGAUAUGGAAUCGCCAGUUGCAACUGAUAUGGGAGAAAAAGAUUUUUGUUUGAAAAUUCAAUACUGCAAAUGCGAUCGAGAUAUCUACUUCCUGCUAGCGGAGGCAGAGGGCAUGCCAGAGGGCGCCAUGUUGACUGUGGAAGAGGAGCCUCAAGCCGGUCCAUCGAGUAGCAAUGCCAACAACAGAAUUAUCCUAUUCAAAUGGCCACCUGUUGGGGAUAAAUGGUACUCCGUAAAUAUCGAACAAACAGAAGAAGAAUUCACCGGCGCAGGAGUGUCUAGCACACCAUCAUUCCGCAUAAAGAAUCCUCCCUUGGAGAAGACCCUGAAGAUACGCGUGCUUGGCGUGGCUCCCAAUUCUGAUCACAAAGAGUCCACUGUGGAAAUAUCUGAAAUAAAAGUUGAAGAGAUGACGUACCCAAGGCACGUGCGCAUCCAGAAGAUGGAGCUGUUUUCGCAGCAGUAUCGCGAGACGGGCGAUACUAUUGGGCGCGGAGCUUUCGGCCAAGUGGUGCUCAUCAGAAACCAAGGCAGGCAGUACUACGCUGCAAAGACUAUGAGGACGAUUUUGCAGAAGAGGAGGGAUUCGGCUCGCAGGGAGUUUGAGCUGCUGAAGUCAUUGCAACAUCCCAAGCUCGUGAAGUUGUAUAUGGCUUACUCCACGAAGGACAACUUUGUUCUAGUGAUGGAUUAUCUGUGGGGCGGAGAACUCUUCGAUAGAUUGGUUGACGAGGAGUAUAUUAUAGAGCUAGACGUUAUUAUAUAUGUGCGUCAAAUAUGCGAGGGUCUGCACUACAUACAUCGUCAGAAAAUUGCUCACCUGGAUAUGAAGCCAGAGAAUAUCAUAUGCCUCAAUCCAAACAGUCGCCUGAUUAAAAUAGCGGAUUUCGGUCUCGCUCGCGCGAUACACGACAGGCAAAUUGUGAGAGCCAUUUAUGGAACCAAAGAUUAUGUGGCUCCUGAGAUAUUGAAUUAUGAGCCGUUGAGUCUCGCUUGCGACAUGUGGAGUUUCGGCGUGAUUAUUUACCUCCUAUUGUCAGGAGUGAUGCCAUUCCAAGGGAAAAAUUGGCUCGACUACACAGCCAACAUAAACAAGGCAUACUACAACUUUGACGAUCCAGCAUUCAGGGAUAUAUCUGAGCUAGCCAAAGAUUUCGUGAAUCGGCUCAUUGUGCUGAACCCCGCCAAGAGAAUGUCCUCCGCUGAGGCCAUCAACCACGAGUGGCUGCAGGAAGAGCCUCCGCUGGGGAUCGCCUACAGCCCCAUGCGGCGCGCUCGCGAAAAUCUGAGAGAAUAUCUCAGGACCUAUAGGGAGAGAUGGCAGCGAGCUGGCAAUUUGAUGAUUGCUGCUCAUCGUCUGCGCAGAAUUGUGAUAGAAGCUGCUCGCAAUCAUGAUGAAGAUCAGCAUGAUGUAAGACAGCAGGCUGAACAACAGCAGGCUGUACAGCAGCAGGCUGUACAGCAGCAAGCUGAACACCAGCAGGUUGAACAACAGCAGGCUGUACAGCAGCAAGCUGAACACCAGCAGGCUGAACAACAGCAAGCUGAACAACAGCCGGCUGAACAACAGCAGGAUGAAGAAAAGCAGGAAGAAGCUCCUGAACUCGUGACUUAAGCUGGAUAGCGUACUACUGAGUGGUAGUUUUAUGUUUUUAUUUCAAAUACGUUCCGAUCAAGAGAAGAACGUUCACAAUUAAUCAUAAUAUGUAGUGAAAAGUAGAAUUUGUGUCUAUUUAUUCCAAUUUGCGCAUAUUAAAGGAUUAAGUUACUCAUAAUGUCAUAUAAGAUCUUGGUGAUGUUUUGACUAUUAUACUACGUCAUGAUGCAAUGUGAAAAAUGUGCCAUGAAUAAUUUAAGUAAAGGUAAAAUUAAAAUCAGCGAGAGAGAAAUCAUAAGAGCAUAAACUCUGAGCUCACAAAUAUUAGAUCAUCGAAAGGGCAAUGUCGUAGUAUAUUGGUAGCUAUAAAGAAAUAGCGUUUUGCAUUAUAUCCAUUUUGAAAUUUUACGAACAUUAAUCAUAAUAUGUUAUCCAAAGUUGUAGGUUUAAAUUUUAGGCUAUAUUCCAGUUUUUCAAUUAGUCAAUCAUGUUACUCGUAAAUUUAGUAUUUAAUUAUUUAUUAUUAAAAUUAAGGUCUUGAAAUCAUGUACUCAAACAAUUAUAUGUAAACUU